AUGCUCAAUUGCAUCACCAACACCGUCAAUGUUCACCAGCUCCUCUCGACAUCCCUUGACCUCAUGGCUCGCAGGGUACUCCCCGGUCCGAACGUGGCCUUUGGGUUGAGCCUGUUCCUCUUCACGUUCAUGUUCCUGCCGACGCUGGUGAUGCUCUUGGCCGUCAUUGUGUUCUUUGCGUUCUACUAUCCGAGGUUAAGGAAGUUGACGGCCGUUCACAACGAUGACUAUGAUGACUUUCCUCAAUUGGGGGACCCCGUUCGAUCCCAGAGCCAACCUCCUGGGCAUCUUCCAGAUCAAUUACACCAUCAAAAUAAACUGUUGGCUACCUCCUCCCGGGAUGACCUGGUGGAGAUCCCUGCAGAGAGCUCAAAGGAGCAGACCGUGACUAUUCCCUGGAUUCCCCUGGAAGAAGGCCACGAGUACACGGUUGAAGCAAAGGGCAUCUGGCAUGGGAUCUGGGCGUGUACGCGGGACGAAGUGACGAACUUGCAGCUAGAGAGCCUGGGCGAGGGAGAGGCGAGGGGGAAGUUUGAGUCCGAGCGUGUCGUCUUCAAGGUUACUCGGUAG